AUUUAUAUAUCCUCCGCUAGAAGGAACGUUGGACCCGUCCGCUUCCUCCGCCUCCGUGUUCUACACCUUUUCUUAUUGUUUUUUUUUUUUAAUUUAUUUUUUAUUUUCUUUGUUUCUCCAAUCCGAUUGUAAUAAAGAUCGAGGAGGAGGGAUGUUGGAGCAGCUUCUGAUCUUCACCCGCGGGGGGCUGAUCCUGUGGUCGUCGUGCCGUGGGCUCGGCAACGCGCUCAAGGGCUCGCCGAUCGACGCCCUGAUCCGGUCGUGCCUCCUCGAGGAGCGCUCGGCCGAGACCUCCUUCGCCCACGACGCCUACACCCUCAAGUGGGCCUUCCACAACGAGCUCGGCCUCGUCUUCGUCGCCGUCUACCAGCGGAUUCUCCAUCUCCUCUACGUCGACGACCUUCUCGCCGCCGUGCGCCGCGAAUUUGCCGAAAUCUACGACCCGAAGCGCACCUCCUACGAUGAUUUCGACGAGACCUUCCGCCAGCUCCAGAAGGAGGCCGAGGCCCGCGCCGAGGAGAUGAAGAAGUCCAAGCAGGCCGGCCGCGCCCCGGCCGUGCCGGGCAAGAAGCAGGGUGCCGGCGGUGCUGCGCAGCGCGACGCUAAGCAGAAAGGCAACGGCGCCGGCGGAGGUGGAUCCGGAAAGGACGAUGGGGAUGGGGAUGGGGAUUCGGGGAAGGGACGCUGGUUAGCCAACGGUAAUGGAAACGGCCAGGAGAAGGGCGCGAGGGAGCGGUCGCACGCUCCUCCGGGCUCUGUUGUUGUUAAAGGUAAAGAGAAUGGCGGCCCCCAAGCGGGGGCUUUCGAUGUAAAUAAGUUACAGAAGUUGCGUUCGAAAGGUGGCAAGAAGAGUGACAACACUAAGCCGGCUUCGAAGGGAGGAGAGCCGAAGAAGAUCGUGAAGAAGAACAGGGUUUGGGAUGAUUCGCCUUCCGAGUCGAGGCUGGACUUCACUGAUCCGGUAGAUGAGAGAGGGGAGGGGAUUGUGGAGGCCGUGGCGGCGGAUCAGGGUGAGAGCAUGAUGGAUAAGGAGGAAGAUUUGAGCAGCGAGAGUGAGGCUGAAGAAGAAGACGAGGAAGUGGAGGGUGCCAAACCUGGCGCGAAGAAGAAAGGGUGGUUUACAUCCAUGUUUCAGAGCAUCGCUGGUAAUGCUAUUAUUGAGAAGUCAGAUCUACAACCAGCUCUGAAAGCUCUCAAGGACAGAUUGAUGACUAAAAAUGUGGCAGAGGAGAUAGCUGAGAAGCUUUGUGAGUCAGUUGCAGCUAGUCUUGAGGGAAAAAAGCUGGGAUCCUUCACCAGAAUAUCUUCAACUGUUCAGACGGCAAUGGAAGAGGCUCUUCUUCGCAUUCUUACUCCUAAACGCUCCAUUGACAUUUUGAGGGAGGUGCAUGCUGCUAAAGAGCAUGGAAAACCAUAUGUUAUUGUGUUUGUUGGUGUGAAUGGAGUUGGGAAAUCUACCAAUCUUGCAAAGGUUGCAUACUGGCUUCUUCAACACAAUAUCAGUGUCAUGCUCGCAGCAUGCGAUACCUUUAGGUCAGGUGCUGUUGAACAACUGCGCACACAUGCCCGCAGGCUUCAGAUUCCUAUAUUUGAAAAAGGGUAUGAAAAAGAUCCUGCCGUAGUAGCAAGGGAAGCUAUUCAGGAAGCAAGUCGCAAUAAAUCAGAUGUUGUUCUUGUUGAUACAGCUGGACGGAUGCAGGACAAUGAGCCACUGAUGAGAGCACUCUCCAAGCUCAUCAAUCUCAACAGCCCAGAUUUGGUUUUGUUUGUUGGAGAAGCUCUGGUUGGAAAUGAUGCUGUUGAUCAACUUUCAAAGUUCAACCAGAAAUUAGCUGAUCUUUCAACAGUUCCUAACGCGAGAUUGAUUGAUGGCAUCCUUCUCACCAAAUUUGACACAAUCGAUGACAAGGUCGGGGCUGCUCUUUCUAUGGUGUACAUCUCUGGAGCUCCCGUGAUGUUCGUUGGUUGUGGCCAGUCUUACACUGAUCUCAAGAAGCUGAAUGUUAAGUCUAUCGUGAAAACUCUGUUGAAGUGAAUGUGAUAUUUCGCUCUGUCUCGCCUGCAUGGCUUCUAUUUUCUUGUUAUCUUUGAAUCCCCUAUGACGUCAUCAUCUUGGCACUGGAAGUGGAUCAUUUCAUGGCUACAGUUUUUCAUAUUAAUGUAGUUGUUUGUUUUAUGCGACGUAGUGUAACUGUAACCAAGUUAAUGCUGUAAGCAGGUAACUGUGUUCAUCGUUUGGAUGGUGCCUUUUUGGUGUUUGAUUUC